AUGCUUUCACCUCCACCAGCACUAUCUGUCAACACCGGCUAUGCUGCCAUCCAGAGUUUUCUCAGAGCUUCUAAAGUCGCAGACGAAAGCUUUCUGAUGACAGUUUUGUCUGGCUGUGUGGAAUAUAAACCUUUGAUGGAUGUGGUGGUGGACGCAUUUUAUAUUCGAGACGGAAAGCACUGCCUGCUGUCUGAGCGUAACCUCUAUAUCGUUGUUUGUUAUUUGGCCACUUUUCAACUGGAAGAACUUGGGCUUCAGCAAUUCAGCAGAAUGGUCAAAUCAAUGGACGUUGCCAAGAUUUGUAAGUUUCUUAGGUUCUUUUUUAACGUCAUAAAUUUACGCACAUGGAUAAAAGAUGAAUGGAGCCAGAUAUAUGAUUCUGAUCAUGUAAAUCAGAAGUGGAUUGAACCAUUGCAAAGGUGGCAGCCAAAAGUGCAAGAACUGGUUGACCUACUUGAUGACAAACAAGAGAAACUUUCCACUAGAACGUCAAAGAAAACUGAGCCGAAGGAGUUCCACCUGACAGUCCCAAAUCCACGAGCGAUUCUGAUUCCUGAGCUGGUGCUGCAACAGGAGAAAGUGAAACCCGUUCCUGAAAACACCUACAGAUCUCCAAGACUGAAGCAGCGCCUGGAAGGACUCAAGCUGAAGAAUCGACGGAGAGCGGAGGAACUGCUGCUGGAAGCAAAUAUUAACCUAUUCAGUUGUGCAGCCCCAAAGCCUGACCAUAAAAGCCUCAUCAAAAGUGAAAUUCCAGACAAAGGAAAAAGAUUCCAGGCUCAGAAGAUCAAAGGAAAGGUGGACAGCCUGCCUGUUAAACUGAACGCAGCAGCAAUCCUAAGAGAAGGAGUCCUUUACCAGCGCAAAGAGGAGCAGGAACUCGACAGAAUUGAACGUCUUUUACGAGGCGCGCGGGAUCCAUCUGAAUUUCUGGAAUGGCAGAAGCAAAUGCGUGGGAAAGAUUUGGACCAGCAGCUGACGGAAGCAGCAUGCCGGAGGCUGCAAGGAAAGCUGAGCUAUGAAGAAGCCAUUCUGUCCCAUCAGAACUGCAUGCAGGAAAACCAGAAGAAAGCCGCGCAGGAGCGAAAGGAGAAAGAGGAGAUGAGUCGUCACUGUGCAGAAAGACACGAUCAAGAAAGGAAGGAAAGGAAAAGACUGGUGCAGCAGGUGAUAGAAGGGCGCAAAAAUGGGAAGCAGGCACAAACAAAACUGCAGAAAGGCAAGCGCCAAAUAGUUCAGGAAGUAUCUGAAGAAAGCAAGGAGCUGCUGCUACAGGCUCUAAACGAAGAAGAGGAGAAGUUCAAAAAGAGAUGUGAAUUGAUCCAGCAGAUAAGAGCUAUUGAGUAUGUGCCAUUCCUGAAGAACACAUUUGUUGACUUAACCCAGUCCCCUAACCACGGUGUUUUGGGCGAGAUGUCAAUAGUGGAGCUGCAAGAACGCCUGGCCUUGCUGAAGGAAUCUCAGAAGAAGGCAGAAGAGGAGAGGCGGGAUCUCAUCAUCCACGAGAAGCUCACCAAGGAGCAGCUUCUGCUGGGGAAAUUGGAGCAGAUCGCUGCGUUCAGGGAACAGCUCGGACGAGCCGCCGCACUGAAACAGGAGGAAAAGAAAAUUAAAGCUCCGUAUCAUGAAAGCAUUUUGAAGGAUGAACGCGUUCUAGAGCUACAGAAAAAAGUUGUGGAAAAAUCCACGGCGCGUAAAAAGCAAAAUGAGUUUUUAAAAACGACAUCCCCAAAGUUCAGUGACGCAUCAGAGAGAGCUUGGAAGUCAACAAAAAAAUCCCAGCAAGAGGAUCACUGGAUGAAGUUGGAAGAAAGUCGACAGCGACAAUUUAAGAUGCUUCAGCAAAGUCUGAUGUCCCAAGAAGUGGCUCAGAAAAGAACAGCGAACGAGGCUAUGAGAAUGGGAACCACCGCUUGUAUCUUGCGAUCUUAAGUUAGACAAAACUGUCACUCAAGACAUUUCCAUUUCCUGGAUAAGUGCCAUCAAUGCACCUUCAGUCCUGGAGUUGCCUCAGAAAUACUCCUGUGCAGAUUUUUAAAAAUCAAAUUCUUCAUUAUGUUACAGUAGCUGAUUUUCAUUCUGUUCACCAUUAAGCCUUACUUUCCAAUCUGUUUGUGGAAAGGUUAAUGACUGAGGUUCAAAAGAAAGGAGACUCACCUGCACUAUAGGGUGUUACUU